UCUCACAUCAUAGACAAAAUCCCAAUAAACUCAUAACUUAACUAUAUGCACAUUUAUUUAUUCAUUUUGCAAAAUAUGACCAUUUCUUGCACCUUCAAGUAUCUUUUGACGUUAUUAAUGAUUUGCUCGUAAGAAAGAUUUUUGAGAAUCUUUUGCAUGUUUGUGAUUUUGGUAAAUCUUUAAAGUGCAAUCUGUCUUACGUUAGUCCCACGCUUUUGCUGACGAUCCUGGUACUUCUCUUCCUGCCACAAGAUUUUGUUCCCAUUUUCCAAAGUCGCGGUAUUUAUUUUAAAUUUUGAAUUCGUCUCUAUUUAUCCAUUCGCUCGCCUUUAUAUACGAAUACAGUCCUAUCGUUGCUCCUUACAAUUUCUUGUGUUCACUAUGGCUACGAAAUUAUUGUUAACGUUAGCAAUAUGUCGGCUUAUUGUUACCGUGGGAUUUACUUUUAACCCGAAUGAUCUUUUAUGGCUCGGGCUUGAUGGGAAACUCAGCGAGGCACCAGCCGAUUUAGAAUCCGCCUCGGUGGACUUCGGCGGGUUGUAUAGAGCCAAGCCGAUGGCGGUUUUUCACCCGGCUACAUCCGAGGAUGUAGCACGCCUUGUGAAGGCCGCCUACUACUCGGCUCGUGGGGUCACCGUGUCGGCUAGAGGCCACGGGCAUUCUAUAAAUGGUCAAGCUAUGACGACAAAUGGCGUUGUGGUUCAAAUGAGCGGCGGCUCGAAAAAGAAGUUGUUGACGAAGGUUUCGGAGAAAUUCAUGUACGCUGAUGUUUGGGGCGGAGAGUUAUGGAUUGAUGUGUUGAAGUCCACAUUAGAGUAUGGACUCGCACCAAAAUCAUGGACUGAUUAUUUGUACUUAACUGUGGGUGGUACUCUCUCUAAUGCUGGGAUUAGUGGUCAAGCUUUCAAUCAUGGCCCUCAAAUUAGCAAUGUCCAUGAACUUGAUGUUGUUACAGGUAAGGGUGAGCUAUUGACGUGUUCAGAAAAAGAAAACUCUGAGCUGUUUCAAGCCGUUCUUGGUGGAUUAGGACAAUUUGGGAUCAUAACAAGGGCAAGAAUUGCACUUGAACAAGCUCCUCAAAGGGUGAGGUGGAUUCGAGUUCUAUAUUCAAAAUUUUCGACAUUUACACAAGACCAAGAAUAUUUAAUAUCAUUGCAUGGAAAACCAGCUUCACAAAAAUUUGACUAUGUUGAAGGAUUUGUUAUAGUUGAUGAAGGCCUCAUAAACAAUUGGAGAUCUUCUUUUUUCUCACCAAGUAACCCUGUGAAAGUUUCUUCUCUUAAGGCUGAAGGAGGUGUUUUAUAUUGCUUGGAAAUCACCAAAAAUUAUCACCUUUCAAAUGCUGAUACCAUUGAUCAGGAGAUUGAAAUUUUGUUGAAAAAAUUAAAUUAUAUACCAGCUUCAGAGUUCACAACGGACCUUCCGUACGUGGAUUUCUUGGACCGGGUUCACAAGGCCGAGUUGAAGCUCCGGUCUAAAGGUUUGUGGGAAGUGCCACACCCAUGGCUAAACUUAUUUGUACCAAAAUCAAGAAUUGCAGAGUUCGAUAAAGGAGUGUUUAAGGGCAUUUUGGGAAACAAGACUAGUGGUCCCAUACUCAUAUACCCCAUGAAUAAGAACAAAUGGGACGAGAGGAGUUCGGUAGUGAUACCGGAAGAGGAUGUUUUUUACUUGGUCGCGUUUUUGAGGUCGGCAUUGGAGAACGGUGACGAGACACAAACGUUGAAUUACCUUAGCAAUCAAAAUUAUGAAAUAUUGAAGUUUUGUGAGGAUGAAAGUAUCAAUGUGAAACAAUAUUUGCCUCAUUAUGCAAAUCAAAGAGAAUGGAUGGACCAUUUUGGAGAAAAAUAUUGGACAAGAUUUCGACAAAGGAAAUUAGAGUUUGACCCUAGACAUAUUUUAGCGACCGGCCAAAGGAUUUUUAUGCCUUCUUUUAAUCCUAAUAUUGCUUCGUGGUGACAUUUGAUUAGCUAUUAAUUAAUUGAUCUUAGUUAUUAAUUAGGAUUUAGGAUUAGUUAGUCAUCAUAGUUUUAAUAGGGUCAUGUCUAGUGUAUUUUAUGUACAUAUCAAGUGGGGGAAAAAAAAGCAAAAUUAAUUCACUUUAUUAUUUAGUAAACAAAAAAUCUUGGUUCCGAUGAUUGGGCUACAAGUUUAAUCUAUCUUCUUUUUUCCGCAA